GCUCUCGAGCAUGUGCAGGGAGAGCUACGGCAAGCACGAGCGGACGCGGACGCCGCGAGUAGAGCGGCGCAGGAAGCUGCGCAGCGUGCGCAGCAGGUGCUCGGGCAGCAGGGUGCAGCCGCAGCGGCGGCGGCGCAAGCGCCAGACCCUGGACCUGAGAGGUGCGACGAACCCGAACAUGGCGGCGGCGAUGGCCAGGGCGAAGCGAGAGGCAGAGUCGGUGCUGAUGACGAACUUCGAGCCCGGAGACAUGCAGUUGUCCAGGAGGUUGGGGUACUGGCUCAUCCAGACGUGCAGGAGCCAGGCGCUCGACGUAGUGCUGAACGCGGGGAAGCUCGAGGGAUUCGAAGCCUGGCGACAAUUACACCUUCGAUUCGAGCCUCAGGCGGCGAGCAGGUACGCUGGGCAGCUGAUGGCGCUGCUGGUCUGGGAUUUCAGUGGUGAGAUGAUGACACGCCUGGAAGCCUUCGAGAGGGAGAUCAGUCUGUACGAGUCGGCGUCGGAGGAGACCCUCUCGGACGCGAUCAAGGUUGGCAUCGUGCUGAGGCCGUUGCCCGAGUCCCCGCUGAGGCAGCACAAGAUCAUGAAUGCGGAGAGACUCAAGGAGUGGCCCAAGUUCAGGGAGGAGAUCCUGACUGUUCGACGAGCCCAGGCCGCAGCGGCGGCAGCGCAGAACGAAGUGGCCCCGAUGGAUCUCUCAGCGUUCAACUACCAGGGUGGCAUGGGGCGCUGCAGGAUCUGCAACGGCAAGGGCCACGACGAGAGGAACUGCUGGCACCGCAAGGGUGGAGCUGGAGCAGGCAAGGGCAAGUUGGACAGCAAGGGCAAGUCGAGAGGCGACUCCAAGUCGAAGAGUUCCUCGGGGCACGGGCACAUGUCCAAUGACUGCCCGAAGAAGAAGAACAACCUGCACAUGAUGGAGCCGGAACCCGAGAAGGCGCCGCGCGGGCUGUGGCUCGCGCCGUUCACGAUCGACGAGAAGGGCGUGGCGCAGAAGGCCUUCGACCUGCUGAUCGAGGGUGGCCUGGUGGGCGACAAGCUGGUGCACGAGCUGAGCAGGCUCGGUGCAGACGGCGCGGGCAUCCCGCAAGAUGGUGCUCGGUGUCGAUUCGUGUGCAGCUACGACGGUCGUGCCAUCAGAGUGAGAGGCAUCAAGGCUAGGGUCGCGAAGGUCAGCAAGGCACUCGCCUCUGUCUCGGAGAUGGUCGACGCUGGCCACCGGGUCGUCUUUGACGUUGGCGGCAGCUACGCGCAUAACAAGUCGACAGGGGUGAUUGCACCGUUCCAGAGGCGCAACAACGCGUACGAGAUGGAGAUGGAGCUGAUGCCGUACAGCAAGGCGGAGGACGUGAUCGGCCGCGCGGAGGCUUGGUCCAAGCCCAGCGCGAACGGCAAGAAGCAGAAGGAUAUCUGCAUG